AUGGACACCACUAUCAGCGAGCAUGCAGUUGAGACUCGAGAGCCGGUCAUCGCAGGUCAUCGCUCACAAACCUCGCGAGACAGUCCUGGAAAACUCCGAAACCAUGCCCAACAUUCCUCCAACCCCCAAAAAAAAACAUUCCUCCAAAACCUCCCCAACAUCCUCUCAAACCUCGCGCAACAGAACAUGCCACAACCUCAUAACAUAUUCCUCCCGUGGACUCGUGGGGUGCGGAGUUUCUACCAUUUCAGUAACUUCUAUGCACAGAGUCGUCUUCGCCCAAUUGCGCUCGUCGGCUUCAUCCUCUCUGUGUUCUCGACAAUCAUCGUGGUAGAAAAGUGUCGAGAGGCCUUGCAAAGCUGUCCCCCCGGUCAUGCCAAUCGAUCAUGGUCUCUCAACAGUCUUGCCCUAAGCCUUUAUGACAGAUUCAAGCAGCAGGGUGGCCCGUCUGACCUUGACGAGGCCAUCGAGCUCCAACGGGCUGCACUACUCCUUUGUCCCCCCGGUCAUUCACUUCGAUCACCGUCUCUCAACAAUCUUGCCCGCAGCCUUGCUAACAGAUUCAAGCAGCGGGGCAUCCCAUCUGACCUUGAUGAGGCCAUUGAGCUCCAUCAGGCUGCACUACUCCUUCGUCCCCCCGGUCAUUCUGAUCGAUCAACGUCUCUCAACAAUCUUGCCCGCAGCCUUGCUAACAGAUUCAAGCAGCGGGGCAUCCCAUCUGACCUUGAUGAGGCCAUUGAGCUCCAUCAGGCUGCACUACUCCUUCGUCCCCCCGGUCAUUCACUUCGAUCAACGUCUCUCAACAAUCUUGCCCUCAGCCUUGCUAACAGAUUCAAGCAGCGGGGCAUCCCAUCUGACCUUGAUGAGGCCAUCGAGCUCCAUCAGGCUGCACUACUCCUUCGUCCCCCCGGUCAUUCUGAUCGAUCAACGUCUCUCAACAAUCUUGCCGCCAGCCUUUAUGCCAGAUUCAAGCAGCGGGGUGUCCCAUCUGACCUUGAUGAGGCCAUUGAGCUCCAUCGGGCUGCACUACUCCUUCGUCCCCCCGGUCAUUCACUUCGACCAACGUCUCUCAACAAUAUUGCCGCCAGCCUUCGAAACAGAUUCGAGCAGCGGGGCAUCCCAUCUGACCUUGAUGAGGCCAUUGAGCUCCAUCGGGCUGCACUACUCCUUCGUCCCCCCGGUCAUUCACGUCGAUCAAGUUCUCUUAACCAUCUUGCCCGCAGCCUUGCUAACAGAUUCAAGCAGCGGGGCAUCCCAUCUGACCUUGAUGAGGCCAUCGAGCUCCAUCGGGCUGCACUAUUCCUUUGUCCCCCCGGUCAUUCUGAUCAAUCACGGUCUCUCAACGAUCUUGCUAUCAGCCUUGAUGACAGAUUCAAGCAGCGGGGUGUCCCGUCUGACCUUGAUGAGGCCAUUGAGCUCCAUCGGGCUGCACUACUCCUUUGUCCCCCCGUUCAUUCACUUCGAUCAACGUCUCUCAGCAAUCUUGCCAAUAGCCUUGAUGAGAGAUUCAAGCAGCGGGGUGUCCCAUCUGACCUUGAUGAGGCCAUCGAACUCCAUCGGGCUGCACUACUCCUUCGUCCCCCCGGUCAUUCACUUCGAUCAUGGUCUCUCAACAAUCUUGCCCGCAGCCUUCAAAACAGAUUCGAGCAGCGGGGUGUCCCGUCUGACCUUGAUGAGGCCAUCGAGCUCCAUCGGGCUGCACUACUCCUUCGUCCCCCCGGUCAUUCACUUCGAUCAACGUCUCUCAACGAUCUUGCCAAUAGUCUUGUUAACAGAUACAAGCAGCGGGGUGUCCCGUCUGACCUUGAUGAAGCCAUCGAACUCCAUCGGGCUGCACUAUUACUUUGUCCCCCCGGUCAUUCACAUCGAUCAAUGUCUCUCAACAGUCUUGCCCUCCGUCUUCGAGACAGAUUCAAGGAGCGGGGUACCCUGUUUGACCUAGACGAAGCAUUCAGGCUGUAUGUGCAACUCUCCUACCUAUCUCAUGCCGUCUCUCGCAGCGAUCUUACUGCUGCCAAGUCAUGGGUCACCUCUGCCGAGGAGAUGAACCAUGAAUCUGCAUUGCUUGCCUAUCAAACUGCAUUGAAAUUCCUAGAUCAGCAUGUUACUAUAUUGUCGUCUUCUCCGCGCCAUUUUGAUGUUGUCAAGGUGGCCAUAGCUUCGCUUGCCAUGGACGCUUUCUCGUGCAGCGUUCGUCAUGGCGCGCUAACAACUGCUGUGGAAAUGGUGGAGCAAGGCCGUGCAGUAUUCUGGACCCAACUGGCACGCUUGCGCUCACCACUCGAUGAACUUUCCCUGUCCGGUGACACCGGCGCAGCCUUGGAGAAAGAGUUCAAACAGCUGAGCUUUGGCCUUCGUGGCGCGUUCGAUCAGUCUACAGAAGAGCAGUCCCCACAAAUACGACAACUGACCAUGCAAUGGAAUGAUGUUGUCUCCCGCAUCCGCAUGCAGCCUGACUUUUCUCGGUUUCUCCUGCCCCCACUGUUUUCUGACCUCCAGAAAGCCGCUGCAGAGGGUCCGGUCAUCAUUGUCAAUGCUAGUGAGUACAGCUGCGACGCCUUGAUUGUCCUAAGCAGCCAAGAUCCUGUCCACGUUCCACUUGAUAUCACGCGUACCGAAGUUUCCGAGUUGUCCUCCGAGUUUCAGUCUAUCGCAGAGCAAUUUGGUUGUUCCGAUCAUCAACUCAAGCUCGUGGGCAUCCUCCGCAAGCUUUGGCAUCAUGCCGUUGACCCCGUGGUCCAAGCCCUUAGGGUGUCUAAUGUUCACCCUGGCUCACGUAUCUGGUGGUGUCCCACAGCUGAAUUCACUCUGCUUCCUCUACAUGCAGCAGGACCCUACGAGAGGAAGAGAGACAACUUGUCUCAGAUUUACGUCUCCUCUUAUACCCCCACUUUGACGACACUGGUUCGUGCAAGAGAGCGCGUUUCUCGAUAUGCGUCAACACAACAUUUUGUUGCAAUUGGUCAAGCGAAUCCGGACAGAGGGAAGGAACUCAGACAUGUUGCUCCUGAGUUAGCCGCCAUAGCUCAGUGUCUCGCACCCAUCGUGUCAUCCUUCACAUCACUCCGAGACAGUCUCGCAACAGUGCAGGGUGCGCUCGAUGCCCUAAACCAUAACCAGUGGCUCCAUCUCGCCUGCCAUGGAAUGCCGAAUCGAACACAACCAUUCGACUCUUCCUUUGCGAUGCGCGAUGGGCCGUUGAUGAUCAAGGACAUCAUCCGGUCCAACUGGCAGAAUCCAGAAUUCGCGUUCUUAUCGGCCUGCCACACUACCGUGGGCGAUGAGAAGAGUCCCGACGAAUCGAUCCAUCUCGCCGCAGCAAUGCAAAUAUCCGGAUUUCGCAGUGUCAUAGGUUCCAUGUGGUCUGUUGACGAUGAUGUUGCACGGCAGGUUGUGUCUGUUUUUUACCGUAAUCUGAUUGAUGGCUCAGGGAGAUUGGACUGCACACGCGCUGCGGUUGCGUUGCACGAGGCUGUGAAAUCGUUGCGCAAGAAGAUUCCACUAGAACAGCAAAUCGUAUUUGUCCAUAUAGGUGUCUAG